AUGGGCUGCAGCAUGGCCUGCGGUCAAGGCCGAUACCCUCCAGGCCUGACCACUGCGCAGCCAAUACACAGCCACGACAUGGGCGCCAAGUUUCAGUUGAAACCCACAAGUAGAGGCAACAGGUCUCUCAGGAACGGACGGACGGGUUCAGGCCGUGAAGCUGAUGUCGGGAUCCCUCCACCUGUCACCGCGUCUGGUAACGCAACUACGCCCCAGCAGCCAGAGACGUCAACACCACCGAUGUUCAUAUUUGGCAAUGGUCCCGCAACAACAGAAACGACACCGUCGCAAAACGACAGAGGAUUCGAAUAUACUUUUAGACCUGCCAUCAGCAACACUUCCGAUUCGCCCUUCGACUCUGCGACUGCAUCGCGUCGUGACACCCCAACAUCCAGCCGAAGCAAUGCCAGUCUGUCCUUUCACCUCCCGAGACCCGACUCCCCGCAGGCACAAGGCCAAUCGACGGCGUCUCCCAUAGUCACAUUUGUUACAGCACCGACAAGCCCGACUGCGUCCACAGUUACAACGACAACGCCGACUGGAAACGUUGCUGCAUCCGGGAUAAACAGGACCGCUCCCAUCAUCGUGCCCAUCGCCGAGCCCUUGCUGGCUACACACGCCACCGGUUUUGAACUCGAUGGUGUACCAACAACCCGUGUUCCUGGCCUGACACGGUCAGACGUGCCGGAACUAGCAGCUUCCCCAGCACCUCCAGCGGAUACUCAACCCCCUCGGCCAUACAAUCCACGCGAAGAGGAAGCCCCAGCCCAGCCCUUUUUCUCCCCCACAGUGCAAAAUGCAAUCGAGGAUGGAAACCGGCUGGCCCAGGACAUUUCUUCGGAAAUCGCCAGACUCUUCUCCGGUUCUACUAUGGAUGACAACGUAAAGCAUCUCCUCGACGAUGCAAAUCGUCUUAAGACGUUUCAAGGGCGGAGUGAACGCAUUAUAGCUGUAUUGGGAAAUACUGGAGACGGGAAAAGCAGUCUGAUCAAUUCUCUCCUGCAUGUUCCGGGUCUUGCUCCCGAGAGCGACAGUGGUCGUGCCUGUACGUCAAUUGUCACAGAGUAUCACCGCAAAAAGCCGAAUCAGGAAGCGCCGUUUUUGAUCGAAGUCGAAUACUUGAAUUCUGCCGGCAUAAAGGAGCACUUACAAGAGCUGCUUUGGAACUACCGCCGCAUCUAUCGUCCGGAUAUUAACCCAGAGGCAUUGGGUGAUGACGAAUACAAGCGUCUCGAGGCUACAUCCAACACGGCGUGGUCGACUCUGCAGACAGCAUUCCGCCAUGAACGUGACUUUAGUUCCUCGUUUGCCCUGAACAUGGAGGACGGUUCCGACGAACGCAUCCUAGAACAGCUUAUCACAUGGGCGGGCCGCAUUGAAUGGCCACGCGGAAGUGACGAGGGCUUCUGGACAACUACGGCCCUGUCCGUGGAUGAGUGUAGUGUUGCUACGCGGCCAUUUAUGGAGGAUAAGUUCUGGCCGUUUACCAAUCUAAUCAGGAUAUUUCUCAGUGCACAUGUGCUCGACUCCGGUAUCAUCCUAGCCGACCUCCCCGGCCUCCAGGACGUCAACCUGGCUCGAGUCCGUGCGGCACACGAAUACGUUAAGCAAUGUGAUAGCAUUCUUGUCGUAGGCCGCAUUGCACGGGCAAUCUCUGAUCAGUCUUUGCGGUCAUCUCUCUACACAUCCCUUGCAAGUCACGCCCCAAACGAGUGGCAGGAACAAGGCGCCGCUCGCCUAAACAUCGCCGUUGCACUUUCACAUGCGGAGGACAUUAAUGUUCGAUCUGCACGGCGUGAGAUCCAAGACCCAGAAAUAAAGGCCAAACUGGAUCGCCUCGACAUCGAGAUAAACAAUGCACAAGCCGCAGGUUCCCUUCGAACGGAACAAAAUAGGAAACUCAUGCGCAAGCGACUAUUAGUCGAAGAGAGAAACAAGAACGUUACAAAAGGCUUACAGGAUGCUUAUGCCUCCAAGAUGAGCAACCAAAACAGUCAGCUGCCCGUUUUCUGUGUUUCCAACAAGUGGUACGAAAAAUCUACGGCCACUGGAAACACAGAGCUCGUGCGAGAAAGUCAGAUUCCCGCUCUCCGACGACACUGCCAAGCCAUCGCAGCGGAUGCCCUGCUGGGAGAAGCAAGGCACUACUUACGAACAAGUCUUCCCUCCCUCGUCACCUCGCUCGACCUCUGGGUUACAAAUUCCAUUGCCGCACAGGCUCUGCGGCGAGACGGCCGACACGACCGAUCUGAUCCCUCCAUAGAUCGCGUCCGUCAAGUGCUCCGUGGGAUAGACGACGAUAAUUUGCUAGGCCCGGAAAGUGACUGGGUCGACAACGUCGAAAGUUGUUUCAACGAGUUAAUAAUGGUAUUUUUCGCCAAUAGGGGUGACAUAUGGAAGGAUCAAGCUGUCACCGAAAGCAACAAGUGGACUGCAAAGUCAGGUCCUGUGAGUUCGAACCCGCACCCGUCGCCGCCCACCUUGAAACAAGUACACAAGGCUAAUGACUCUACUUCUUUGAUGCAGAACUACUGGCAUCAAACCCAAUACAAUUCAUGGUGUCUUCAUGACGGCGAUUGGAGCACACCAAAGAAGCCACAUGUCAACUGGAAUGCCGAGUUGAUCUGGAGGAUGCGGAUCGACCUUGACUUCCAGUGGGACAUUUUCGAAGAGCAAACGCAGGACGAGUUCAACGCCGUACACGAGAACCUUGGUGCAAGCCUCCUUGAGCUGAAAGAUGUUAUUGGGUCUGCAACUAGCGUCCCAGGGCGUGAAGAACUGGUGCGCUUGAUCAAUUUCGGCUUGCAGGAGUUCAAGCACACCCUGGAUCAAAUCGAGCGACGCUUCCUCGUGGAGCUGAGAGCGAAGCGCAGCAAAGCCAGUGAAGCCACAUGCGCGUCGUAUAUUGUCGAACACAUGCUUCCAGCAUACCGCGACGCGUCACUAGUGGUUGGGACCGGACGGCGCAGCAAGCAGGAGGAUAUUAUCGGCUCAAAGAAUCUUCUCCGCGACACGAAAGGGAAGAUGGAGCGCGCCAUAGAAUCGAUGGCUGAAAACAUUCUGCGGAAUGUUAAAAUGACAUUUGGGGUCGAUGAGACGCCCAACACGUCUGUACCACCAGCUGCCCUGCAGAAUGCCGGAUACAACGAGCACCUGCAGCACUUUUCGAGUAUGGUCUCUGUCUGGAGAGAACAGCACUCGCUUUUGUUUGCGCGCGAAGAUGGGGCGUUGGACUCUCUGUUGUGA